AUGGUGGGAGGCUGUGGCUCCUCCUUGCCUUCCGCGGGCGGGAGUUAGCCAGCCACAAAAACAACAUGAAAGAAACUGAUAUCAAGACACUACUGUAUGCUCAUUUUUUAUGCAUAUUUUCGGUGAUUCUAAGUGUCUUUCUUCCAUCAUUCUUCCUGGAGAAUUUCUCAAUAUUGGACACACACUUGACAUGGUUGUGCAUCUGUUCUCUUUGUGUAACUUCAGUGAAAUGGAAAAAUGUAUUGGCCUUCAGGCAUUCUCUCCAGUCUUCACAUGAUUGAUUUCUCUUCCAGGUAACCAGACUUUUGAAAUGCUGUAUCUACUUUCUCGUGUCUUGUUUCUCCUUCCAUGUGAUUUUUGUUCUAUAUGGAGCCCCACUCAUUGAGUUGGUGUUGGAAACAUUUCUAUUUGCAGUUAUUUUGUCUACUUUUACUACUGUACCUUGUUUAUGUUUGUUAGGACCAAAUCUCAAAGCAUGGCUAAGAGUUUUCAGUAAAAAUGGAGUUACCUCCAUCUGGGAGAACAGUCUGCGGAUCACCACAGUCUCUAGUCUCGUGGGCGCAUGGCUUGGAGCGUUUCCUAUUCCCUUAGAUUGGGAAAGACCCUGGCAGGUGUGGCCCAUCUCCUGCACGCUUGGAGCGACCUUUGGCUAUGUGGCCGGCCUUGUCAUUUCUCCUCUCUGGAUAUACUGGAAUAGAAAGCAACUUACGUACAAGAACAAUUAACCGGAGCAAAGGGAGAAGA